AUGUUGAGCACCAAUGCUAUACGCAACAUUAUCGGGAUCGUUGGUAAUGUUAUUUCCUUCGGACUAUUCCUCUCGCCAGCGCCAACAUUCAUGAAAAUAUAUAAGAUGAAAGCUGUGGAGCAGUUCUCUCCAAUCCCGUACCUAACGAUACUUGUCAAUUGCAUGUUGUGGGUCUUCUACGGACUACCCAUAGUCAAACCCAACACUAUUCUCGUCUCCACCAUCAAUGGCGUGGGGGUUUUAAUAGUUAGCAGCUACCUCAUAAUUUUCUUCUACUUUUCGCCGAAGAAGAUGAGGAUAAAGGUGUUGAGAAUAUUGGCAGGGGAGUUGGUUUUCAUGACGAUGGUUAUUACUUUGGUGCUCUUAACACUGCACACGCAUGACUCGAGGUCUCUCAUUGUUGGAAUUAUCGCAAUCAUCUUCUGUAUCGGCAUGUAUGCCUCACCCCUCUCCGUCAUGAAGCUUGUAAUCAAGACAAAGAGUGUGGAAUACAUGCCAUUCUGGCUUUCCUUCACUGGCUUUCUCAAUGGAGUAUGUUGGACCUCAUAUGCACUCAUUAAAAUUGACAUAUUUUUAUUGAUACCAAAUGGAUUAGGAGCAAUCUUGGGCCUUCUCCAGCUAUUAUUGUAUGCAUUCUACUAUAAUCACAAUUCCAUUGAAGGGCAUGAAAACAAAGAGGAGAAUGUAGAAAUGGUUGUGUAG